AUGUACCCCCGCGCCCCGACGGCGUACGCGACGCAGGCCGACAAGUGGAAGCGCAACGGCAAGGAGUCCUCUUGGCGAUCGUCCGCGUCGCCCGCGCCGGCCUCGCCUGCUGUCUCGGAGCUCGUCCUCGUCUCGGAACUCUGCUCGGCGGCCGGCCAAAGCUCGUUCCCGCCCAAGGAGGUCCUCAACACUUUUGUCCGCGUCUUGCCGUCGCUCGACCGCCAGUACACGUGCGAGCUCCUCGAGCAGAAGCUCGGCGACUCGCUCUGGCAGGUCACCGCCCGUGCGCUCCUCGUGCUCGACGCGGCCUUUGGCACGGCGCAGGCCGACGACUUUCUUGGGUUUUUUGCGUACAAACUCCAACUGAUCGCAGGCCUCACGCAGCACCCCAAGCAAACGGUCAAGUCUCGUGCGGAGAAGGUGCUGACGACGCUCAACAACUUUGAGCCGCCGCCACCGCCCGCCCCCGUCGCGCAAUACCAAGCACCGUCCCCGGUCCGCAGCCAUUAUGGGUACCAGGAAGACCUGCUGCGGUCGCCCACGACCCAGCCCAAGGGCUUCUUUGGCGAAUCACUUCUGAGUCCGCCGCGAGCGUCUUAUGCAGCCCCGAUGCUGGCGACGCCGUCCCCGGCCAGGCCCCAUCGACACACGCAGCCGCCGUCGGCCUUUGCCUUCAUGGCAUCGCCUGAACCUACGCAGCAGGACCCGCAUCACUACAACCAACAGCAGUACCCUCCGCAACCGCAUCAAUACCAGCAGCAGCAACAGACGCCGCCCCCGCAUCGGUCUUCAACUUUCUCAACGCCCCGGUGCAAGCUUCGCCAGCGCCCGCCGCCGCACCCGCCCGUGGCCACGCCGUCACCGCCUGCGCCGUCGCAACCGUCGUCGUUCUCAUUCCUGACGAUGCCGUCGCAACCGUCGUCGGAUGGACAAGGCUUUUCCUUCAUGACGCUCAACACGCCUCCGCAGCCGUCCUACGACGUCUUUUCGCAGCCGCCCGUGCUCGCAAUCGGUGGGCCGCCGGCCAAGACGGUAUCGGCGGGCGACCACAUCCACGACGCGUUUGAAGGUCUCGGCAGCGAGCCCGAUGAGAAUGCGUCCGAAGAAGAUCUCUUGUCUGGUUUCAUGAGAGACCGACGGGCAAGUGCACCCGAGCCGGUCGACUUUGCCCAGCUCAAGCUUGCUGGCGCGGCGCGGGAAGUGGUUCUGGAGAUUGACAUCCCCGCAGGUCCCAUGGGCAUCAUCCUCGACAAGAGCAUUCCGAGCAUGGGCGUCAUCGAGCGCUUCGUGCCGCUGCCGACGGGCGAGAAGGGCUACAUUGAGAUGCACCCGGCCAUCACGCCCGGGUGCGCGCUAGUCAGCGUCAACUUUACCAACGUCGAGCACGCGUCGCUGGACGACCUCGGCCCCAUCCUCGCGGCUGCCUCGGGGUACAACCGGGUGCUCAAGUUCAAAAAGUUUAUUGUCGGCGGUCGCGUCAUGCACCCGCUGCACCUCAACGUCCCGUACAUUCCGCCGUCGGGCGCAGAACCCAGUGAGCAUAUCAAGGAAAACGACGACGACGACGACGAGCAACCGCAUGCGACAGAGGAAUCGCAGCGGCCGUCGAUCGGGUUUCGUCGCCCGUGCCCAGCGUCCGCGUUUAAUUUUCUCUUGUCGUCGCCUGCCCCGCCAUCGUCGCCGCCCAAUCCCGUCUCGGCAUUCAACUUUCUGUCGCAGCCGGCUCCAGUGCAGUACGGCCAUGGGCUCGGCGCCGCGACGUCGUCGCUCUUCCCGAGCGCGAACUCGCCCGUCAAGCAAGCGCUCGUGGUCUCGCCGCGCCACCGAGCGUCGCCGGCUCGCGCCUCGACGUUUGCGUUUAUGACGCCGUCGUCGCCGCCCGCAGUCGACGCGAUGGCCGCGACCUUUGGCCAGCUCGAGAUCCGAGGGUCCCGGGCGCCGCCUGCGUCCGCGUUUGACUUUAUGCAGUCGUCUCACGCAACGCCGCCGCGCCAGCUUUUGCAGUCGCCACCGCCGUCCACGUCAGCGUUCGACUUUCUCCAGAGCUCACGCACGGACGACGAAGCGACGCGCCCAACGUCGGCGUUCUCGUUCAUUUCGUAAACGCUCCUAUAGACGUACUUGUGGGUGCGGGCAU